GUUGCUUUUCCCGUUGACAGUCGGAGGUUGUGCGUGUUUAGAAACAACAAAAAUACAACCAUUUGCGUUGACAGAACAUGUGAAAUAGUUUUAUUGGUUUUUGAGUGAGUUUAUUUCCUACUUGGAUAUACUUUUGAACCAAAAUGCGUGGAAUUAGUGAUAAGUGUUGGAAUUGUUUGGCAGUUAUUGUAGUCGUUUGUUUUAGACAGACAUGGAGUCAACUCAUCGAAACAGAAUUCAUCCCUCAAGUCUCAGCAACAUGCAAAGGAAACCACAUGAUGAAUAUAAAAGUAAAUUUUAACAACACCUUCAGCGGUGUGGUUCACGCGAGAGACUACCGAACGUCGCCAUGUAUGCGAUACGGAGAUGGAUCAAAGUCUGUCAAUCUGGAUAUCAAUCUGAUGGCGCCACCUGGAGCUCCAGAUUAUUGUGGUCUAUUUCUAAACAAUAGAACCGAAGAACGUUCAGUCCCCAUAGCCGUCCGCAUCCAUCGCACGCUAGAGCUAGCUGACGACAAAUUUUACGUAAUCACUUGUGGAAAAGCAGGCUUCCGGAAUGCAAAAAAUGAAACAUCCUUAGUGUCGUUGAAGUUAGUCGACAACAAUCAAAAAGUAACCGAAGCAGUAUAUCACCGACCAUAUAACCUAACAAUAGAAAUCUCUAGACCAGAUGGCACCUAUGGAUUUCGAGUAAAAAAUUGUCAAGCUUUCAACAAGCCCAACGAGAGUGUGGCCCUUUCAGACGAUAGGGGUUGUCCAAUUAAUGAAAAAACUUUCCUGGGGCCAUUUUCAUAUGAUCUGAAGAGCGGAACGGCGAAUGCUCAACUCGCAUCGAUGUUUAGGUUUCCUGAUAGUUCUGAAGUUCAUUUUCAAUGUGACGUAGCACUGUGCAAAGGCAGCUGCUCCAUACCCUCCUGCUCCAGCGACUCUAUAAAAUCCAGAGCGCUCAAUCCAGAGGAAGGAGUACUAAUGGCAGCUACAAGCGUCUUCGUAGUGGAACCAGUCGAUGCUCCACGGAUUCAGGAACUGUGCAACGAAGAAGCCGUAAGCCCGAAGUGGCUUCUGUGGUUGUGCGUUGCUUUUGGAAUACUCUUCUUGCUGAUGUUGAUAAUUAAUAUCUUCUUAUGUUCAGCUAUGACGUGUGCAUGUGCUAGGACUGAAAUUAUUGAGAAGGAGCCUAGUAUUAUCGAGGAUUAUGAUCCGUACAGGAGUUGGCAUGGAAGUCAGUAUGGAUCAAGAUAUUCUUUAAACGGAGCACCUCACAAUCCGAAGGGCUACACAUCGGGGGGCUCAACUAUGAACUCUACAAGAUCUGUGUCUUCCCAUAGCGACCAUUACGCCAUAGUACAUUCUAGACCGGGAAGUAGAAGUUACAACUCCAAACCACGCGGUCCUCCGUCCCACAUCGGAAGCCACUACAGUGGCAAAUAAUGAGAGCUGAAGAUAUUACCCCUGAAGAUGUGUUCACCAAUCUCGAAACGAACUUUUAGAAGUGACUAAAAGAUAAGAGCUAUGCGCAAUUUAUUUUUGUACUUAUUUGUAUGGAUAACUUAGAUGUGAGUUCAUUCGGUUUUUUAAGUUUGUCCACUUAACUGUUGCUUAAAGUUUCUGUGUAUAAGAAAACUUAUAAAAACUGUUUCUAGAUGUACAACUUUUUAUGUUUU